CAACAGUCUUACAAUUUAUAAUUUUGUAGCCUCAAGUACCACCUCUAGUAUAGUAUAUAUAAUGUCUGAAGCUGCUAGUAACAAUGGCGGAGCUGAUGUGCCCACCUCUGAGCCCCAGGAGACCAAGCAGGAGUCAAUGGAGGCAUCUGCAUCAACUCACCAUGGCAACUCGGUCGUCGAUCCCAAACCUAAAAGCAGGAGAAAAAAGAAGAGAAUUAAGAUUAAACGUCUGGAGAAAGAACUGAAGAAGUUGGACAAGCAUAUCAAAAAAUGCAAUGAGACUGAGCUGUCUCUGGAUGAGAUGGACAGUGGGAGCAGUGCCUACAUGAAGGAAGACCUCUACAAGAGGAAGUUUGUGGCCACUUGGCAAGAGCUGUGUGUACUAGUACAGGUACCAGACAGCAUUGAAGUUGAAGGACUGAGCAGUUCAUCUGCCUACUCUAAUACCCCCUACCCUGAGAUCGAUCGCCGCGUACAACGGCUAGUCAAACUGGACGAAUUUCCCGACCAUUUUGACAUUGUGGAGCUCAUAGAGAGAUGUGAUGCUAAGUACAAUCUGGGAAUAUCAGCCGAGGAAAAGUCAUCACUCUCACGGCAAAUCUUUAAAGAAGUUGGCAAAAUGCUGAAAGAGAGAAGACAGCGUGAUUUCAUCUCCCACUUUGGCAGUCACCUGACAGAUGGAGUCAAACUAGACCAGGACCCGGCUUUGUUAGACGAAACUUUAUUAGGGCAGCUGAAGGAAAGUCUACGUGAGGCAAAGGUAAAAAUGGAGCAAGUGUGCGAAGAUUUUGUCACGAAACAAGACCAUGAACAAGAGAUAGGGAAAUCCCCUGAUAAUGAAGGAAAGUCCACUGAAGACACAGAAAACGAGGAAAGCGACGAAGAACAAGAAAAUGCACUAGAAUCUUUAGAUAAUGAACUUGAACUAACUGAGGGAGAGAUUGACAAAAGUGGUUCUGACCAUUUAUCUUCAAUGGCUGAGGAAAUUAGUUCCCCUGCUGUCGACAGUCACCAUAGUAACGACGACAGUGAUUUGGAGCACCCAGCUAAGAGAAUAAAGUUGGACACUUGUGAAGCAGAUUCUCCAUCCCUCCAUCAAGAGAAAAGCGAAGACAAAGUUGAGAGUUUAGUAGACUUCUCUACAGUUGAUCAGAGUUCACUUGCCUCCUCCACACCACCUACCACUCCCGCCUCCUCCAUACCACCUACCAUAUCUGCCCCCUCUACACCACCUACAAUCUCCGCCCCCUCCACACCACCUACCAUCUCCGCCCCCUCUACACCACCUACCACUACCGCCCCCUCCACACCACCUACCACUACCGCCUCUUCCACUGAACCUGUUGUGAUAUGUAUAGACAGUGAUGAUGAUGAUGAUGAUGAUGAUGAUGAUGAUGAUGAUGAUGAUGUGAUUUGCGUAGGAUAAUGUUUAUCUGGAAUUUUGUAAUUGUUGUCCUAUCUAUGCACAUUUUAAUACCCAACACAUUUUAAUACCCAAUCAAUGUUGCA